AAGAAGAAGUGCCUCAGAAUAAAAAUGGCGGAGACUGGUAAACGUGAAGUUGAUUUUGCGGACAGAAAUGAAACUGAUACUUCUAAGGCCAAACGACUAAAGAAUGACCCGAAUAGUGACCAAGAUAAUCACAAUGAAUCAGCAUCUGCAAAUCCUUUGUUCGGAUUUAAAACAACAAGGGUUCUGCGGGACUCUGCACGGGAGAAAAAUAUGUUCAUACACGGAAAGUUGAACGACCAGGAUGCGGUCAUCAUUCUGGAGAAGACCCCUAUUAGGGAAGACACCCUGUUGGAGAUUUUCAAUGGCUCCAGACUGAAGUUGGACAUGAGGAAUGAUAUCUACAGCACGUAUCAACUCCAACCCCCUGCUCAUUUGAAUGAGAUGAAGACCACAGUGGUGUGUCCGGCCACAGAGAAGCAUGUGAAGAAAUACCUGCGCCAGGAGACCUACUUGGUGCAGGAGACUGGGGAGGACUACCGCUCUAUCACCCUACCUUACAUUCAGAGUCAGAGCUUCAGUGUACAGUGGGUGUACAACAUCUUGGAGAAGAAAGCGGAGGCAGAGCGCAUCGUUUAUGAGGACCCAGACCAGGACGUCGGCUUUGUCCUGCUCCCAGACUUCAAGUGGGAUCAAAAGCAGUUGGAUGACUUGCAUUUGAUUGCCAUCGUUCAUCGAAGGGACAUCAAAAGUUUGCGAGGCCUGACAGCGCUGCAUCUGCCAUUGCUGACUAACAUCCGCAAGAAGGGAGAGGAGAGCAUUCUGAAGCGGUACGGUGUGGCAGCCAGUAAGCUGAAAGUGUACCUCCACUACCAACCGUCCUACUACCACCUCCACAUCCACUUCAAUGCCCUGAGCUACGAGGCCCCGGGCUGCGGGGUGGAGCAUGCCCACCUGCUUUCGGACGUCAUCCAGAACCUCCAGGCAGACUCCCAGUACUACCACAGUCGCUCCCUCUCCUUCCCCCUGCGGGCUGACCAAGGCCUGCUCAGCAAGUUCAAGGAUGCUGGCAAGCUGUAGUGUCUAGACGCCCAAACACGACAACACUACUACGGAAGGACCUCAGAGGGAUGAACACGUUGGGAAUGGUGGUGGUUUGGAACUCUGGCCUUUUCACAAUUGAAUUUGCUAAAAUCCUGUAUCUUCUCUUCUCCGUCCUCUCUCGCCUCCUUUUUAAAAAGGUCAUGGAGAGGCAGCGAAGAGAGGUAAAUGUGGACGAAAAUAUGCUUGUAUGAAAUUACUCCUCCAUUCGCGUGUUGCAUGAAUGACGUUUACAGGGGUAAAUCUAAAAAUACAUGUGGUAAGUGAUAAAGACAAAUAAAGUUAGUUGUGCCAGACAUUUUAUAGAUAAAACGAUAAGUAGCAUAUUGAUUUUCAAUGUGUGCAUGCUUUUCUCCUCAGAAAAAAACUAACGCUGAUUCAAAGCGGGUUUGGCAGAUUUCAGAACUCUUCCACGAAGGGAACGAAUUGAUAUCUCCUCAACCACUUAUCGGGUUCCUGGUCAUGGAGGAGAGAGGGUGGAGGACAGACUUUUUCCCAAAUGAGAAAAGGCCACAAAUGUCCGUCACUUUGACAUUCACUUACAAACCAAAAAUCAGUAUUAGAAAAUAUUCAUGCAGAUUGUUUUCUAAUAAUUUAGCCAGAUACUGUACAUACAGUGCCUGAAAGUAUUCAUACCCCUUGAUUUAUUCUACAUUUUGUUACAGCCUGAAAAAAAAGUCUCACGUAUUCACACCGCUGAGUCAAUACAUGUUAGAAUCACCAGCGAUUACAGCUGCGAGUCUUUCUGGGUACGUUUCUAAGGACUUUGCACACUUGGAUCGUACAAUAUUUGCCCAUUAUUCUUUUCAGAAUUCUUCAACCUCAAGUUGGUUGUUGAUCAUUGCUUGACAACCAUUUAAGUCUUGCCAUAGAUUUUCAAGCAUAUUUAAGUGAAAACUAACUCAGCCACUCAAACAUUGUGUGUUGGUAAGAAACUGCAGUGUAGACUUGGCCCUGUGUUUUAGGUUAUUGUCCUACUGAAAGGGGAAUUCACCUCCCAGUCUGGUGGAAAGCAGACAACCAGGUAUCCCUCUAGGAUUUUGCCUGUGCUUAGCUCCAUGAUGUUUUUAUUUUUUAUCCUGAAAAACACCCCACUCCUUAACGAUUACAAGAAUACCCAUAACAUGAUGAAUCCACCAAUAUGCUUGAAAAUAUUAAGAGUGGUACUCAGUAAUAUGUUUGGGGCAAAUCCAAUACAACACUUUAUAUUCUGGACAAAAAAUGAAUUGCUUUUCCACAUUUUUUGGCACUAUUACUUUAGUCUCUUGUUGCAAACAGGAUGUAUGUUUUUGGAAUAUUUUUCAUUCUGUACAGGCUUCCUUUUCACACUCAAUUAGGUUAGUAUUGUGGAGUAAAUACAAUGUUGUUGAUCCAUCCUCCCUUUUCUCUUAUCACAGCCAUUAAACUCUGUAACUGUUUUAAAGUCACUAUUGGCCUCAUGGUGAAAUCCCUGAGCGUUUAGGAAGGACACCUGUAACUUUAGUGACUGUGUGUGUUGAUACACCAUCCAAAGUGUAAUUAUUAACUUCACUAUGCUCAAAGUAAUAUUUGAUGUCUUUUUUUUUUUUUACCCAUCUACCAAUUAGGUUCCCUUCUUUGUGAGGCAUUGGAAAACCUUUGUGGUUGAAUCUGUGUUUGAAAUUCACUGCUCGACUGAGGGACCUUACAAUUAUCUGUAUGUGUGAGGUACAGAGAUGUAGCCAUUCAAACAUCAUGUUAAACAUUUAUUGCACGGAGUGAGUCCAUUAAAUUUCUGUGACUUAAGCAAAAAAACAUACUCCUGAACUUUAGGCUUCCCAUAACAAAGGAGUUGAAUACUUAUUGACUCAAGACAUUUAAGCUUUUAAUUUCUACCAAAAAAUCUAUUUAAUCUGUUUUAAAUUCAGGCUGUAACACAAUUUUGAAAAAGUCAAGGGGUGUGAAUACUUUCUGAAAGCACUGUAUUUGUUUCUCUGUAGCCUAUAGAUUAUUUUGUUUUUAAUACAAGUCCUGAGGAUUGAGGUUCAACUGUAGUUGUACUGUAUUGCCUUGGUGGAUUCAGAAUUUGCAGUUGCUCAUUUUUUGUUAAACUUUUUAAAAAUAUAUUUGUUGAACAGAAAUAAAGAAUUGUACAACCAUU